AUAAAGGAGCGGAGAGGAUUUAAAGCUGCGUCACAAAGUUUGUUCACUCAGUCUGUGACAGUCCGUGAUUUCUGUCCGGUGUCUGUGGAACUUGUCCCGUGUGUCAGAGUCUGAACCUGAACCUGAACCUGCGGCAGGAUGUCGGUGACGGUGAAAGCUUACCUGUUGGGGAAGGAUGAGUCGGUGAAAGAGGUCCGGAGGUUCGCGGUGGAUCAAGAGGUCUCGUGCAGCUUCGAGUACCUGAGCAAGAAGACCGGAAGUGUCUUCAGCAACCUCAAGAACUUCAACAUGUACUACAAAGAUGAAGAUGGAGACAUGGUGGCGUUCUCCUCUGAUGAUGAACUGAUGAUGGGUCUGGGCUGUAUGAAGGACGCCACCUUCCGCCUCUACAUCAAAGAGAAGAAGGAGCACCGCCGUGACUUCCCUCUUCACGCCUUCCCUCCCUUCGCCUUCGGCCACCCUCCUCCUCCAGGCCCGCCCCCUCACAUGGGCCCGCCCCCUCACAUGGGCCCGCCCCCUGUGCACAGCGGUGUCACCUGUGACGGCUGCGAGGGUCCCGUGGUGGGAACUCGCUUCAAGUGCUCGGUGUGUCCCAACUAUGACCUGUGCUCCACCUGCCAGGCUCGAGGGACGCACACUGAGCACGCUCUGCUGCCCAUCUGGCACCCCAUGCAGCAGUGGUUCCCCCGGGGGAAGUGGAUGAAGUGGAUGAGACACUGCAUGUGGAACCUGAACCAGAACCAGAACGGGAGCCCUGCUCAGAACCAGGAUCAGGACCAGGAUGUGGAUCAGGACCAGGACCAGCCUGGACCCUCCAGACCUGCUGCUGACUGCAGCGCCCCCUCUGCCUCACAGGCCAAUGUGGACUUCCUGAAGAACAUUGGGGAGGGCGUGGCGGCCAUGUUGAGCCCACUGGGUAUCGAUGUGGACAUUGACGUGGAGCACGAGGGCCAGAGGACAAAGGUGACCCCUCCCUCUCAGAGCGGGGGGGUGGAAGGAGAGGUGGGCCGAGCCAAUAAUGAGAGCAGAGCCAGCAGCGAGGGUGGAGCCAGUAGUGAGGGCGGGGCCAGUAGUGAGGGGUCAAAGGUGUGCAGAGAGUCUGAUGAGGAGUGGACUCACCUGAGUCCCAGAGAGGUCGACCCCUCCACCGGAGAGCUGCAGUCCCUCCAGCCUGGGGACAUGGACCAGGACCAGGACCAAGGUCCUCCAUCGGGACAACAGGGUCCUCCAUCGGGACCACAGGGACCCCCAUCGGUCCAACAGGGUCCAACAGGUCUGAGGGAGGCAGCACUGUACCCUCACCUGCCUCAAGAGGCGGACCCUCGUCUGGUGGAGUCUCUGUCUCACAUGCUGUCGAUGGGUUUCACUGACGAAGGCGGUUGGUUGACUCGUCUCCUUCAGGCCAAGAAUUUCGACAUUGGUGCAGCGCUCGACGCCAUCCAGUACGCCAAACAGCCCCGCCCACACCAGCCAUGAUGGCAUCAUCGAUACUAACCAAUAACAUCUAACCAGGAGAUGAUUUAUCCUGCAGUCAGAUGUUCCUGUUGUUUCCUGAGUUUAUAAUCAUUUUGUUAUCUCAGUACUGUUAUUAUCGUUAACCAAUCACAAUGUUAACUCAUUAAUCACUUUGUCUCAUUGAUUACUGAUUGAUUUUUCUUUACUGUUGCAAUUGUUAAUCUGAACAAUAAAAACAUGAAGAAACGAA